AUGUCGCUACUUAUUCAAACAUGUGAGCUGGCAAAGAUACACACACUUAUUGAUGGCUUCUUCAAAAUGGGCAACCAAGAGGCCGCUUUUGAUCUCUAUGAAGAAAUGAGGAACGAAGGUCUUGAACUUAAUAACAUUGUUGUCGAUGUCUUGGUAAAUGGUUUAAGGAAGAAUGGAAAAUUCGAGGAAACUGAGAGCUUAUUCAAGGAAAUGAGAGAGAAGGGUAUCAUGCUCGAUCGUGUAAACUAUGCCUCUAUGAUGGAUAUGCUUUUUAAAAAGGGAAACUUCUCUGCGGCUUUUGAAAUAGAGCACGAAAUGACAGAUAAAAAUGUAGGCCAUAACAUUGUUGUGUUUAAUAUCCUCAUUAAUUGUCUUUCUGCACUUGGAAAGUUCGAAGAAGCAAAAAAGCUUACAGUUAACUUAUUUUAUGGGGACGACCAUCUUGCUUCAUGGAGAAUAACUUCUGAUAAGCUCAUAGACAAGAGAGAUGUUACUGUCUUGAUUAUGAAGUACAAUGGAGGCAAUAUUAGGCUCCAUACUAGUGAGGAGCCAAGUCAUCACUCGUCCUUCUGCCAGGUUGAGAAGGUAUCAUUUUUGUUGUCCGGAGCACAAGAGAAUUAUGACCCAAUUGUUGAGUAA